AGAAGAGAAUAACUGCUAAAGGAGAUGAAGAUCGAGGAGGAUCAAGGUUACAUCAACGUACUCAAACGAGCAACAAAGCUUCUAUGGGGUAACAUCAAUCUCGUUCUCUUCCUCUGCCUUUGCUCUCUCCCUCUCUUUUGUUUCUUGAUCUUCUUCGAGCUCUCACUUCAAACCACUGUCUCACUCGCUUCUCAAUACCUCGUUCGACAACUCAAUAAUUGGAAUUACUACUACGUUCCUCGAGAUGCUGCCUUGUCGGAGAAUCUGCUUCCAUUGCUUAUCCAGACAUUUCUACUCUACUUGUUCCCGUACAGCCUUCUAGACCUCCUCACCACCACCAUAAUAGUCUCCGCAUCUUGGAUUGUUCACACGUCCGAGGAGGAACCGUUAAGGUUCGGUCAAUUGGUUCGGAGAACCGUAGAGAUAUGUCAAAACAGACUUGAAGGUUGUCUGAUCACCUCUCUGUACAUCCUUCUGAUGUCAACCCCUGUUCUCUUUGGUUUCUUCUUUGUAGCAACGAACUAUUUCUACAUCAUUUCUCUGAUCGGAUUAGGAGAAUACUCACACUACUAUUAUAUCGAUCUGGAUGAAGAUAGCGGAGGUUAUUACAGAAGCAGCCGCUUCGACGAUCCGGUAAAGAUGUUGUUUGAUGCAGCUAUGGCUAUGUUUCAUGGUGCUAUCUUUCUCGUUUUGCUGGCGAUGUUCAGCAAGUGGAGUGCGGCAUGGAACAUGGGUUUGGUUAUCUCGGUGUUAGAAGAAGAUCAAGAAGAAGGUCAAAACAUCUAUGGAACCGAUGCCCUGACGAUCUCUGCUAAAUAUGGAAAAGGACAUGAGAAGCGCGGUCUCCAAGUGAUGCUGGUGUUCUUGGUCUUCGCUAUUGCGAUGAGGAUGCCAUGUUUUUGCUUCAAAUGCACUGAGAGUUCGAAUGGACAUAGAGUGCUGUACACGAGUUUCUAUGUGGGUUUGAUCUGUGUUGGGAAUAUGAUCAAAUGGGUGGCUUGUGUAGUGUUUUAUGAAGAUUGUAGAACCAAGGUUUUGGAGAAGAAAGACAUCUCUGCUCUACUUCUUUCCCUACACUAUUAUCGACCUCCUUACCACCACCACGAUCGUUGCAGCAUCUUCGAUUUCUUACACGUCCGAGGAAGAACCCUUGGGACUGCUUUAUCUGUUCUGGCUGCAAAGUUCAGCAAAUGGAGCGCGGGAUGGAACAUUAGUAUGGUUGUUUCGGUCUUAGAGGAAGAAGAAGAUGGUAAAGGCAUCUAUGGAAGCAGUGCUUUGUCUCUUUCAGCUUGGUACUUAAGAGUUAAGAGGACAAGAGAAGCGUGACCUCUGGAUGAUGCUAGUGUUCUUUGUCGGCGCUCUUGUGACGAGGAUGCCAUGUUUAUACUACAAAUGCAGUGAAAGUCUGAGUGGGAAUGGAGUGUUGUACACUGGUCUUUAUGUAGGUUUGAUUUGUGUUGGUAAUAUGAUCAAAUGGGUGUCUUGUGUUGUUUGUUACCGUGAUUGUAACACAAGGGUUUUGAGGAAGAAGGGUGAUGUAGAGAUUGGAUCAAAAGAAAUUGUUUGUGACCAA